UAUUUAUGAGAAACCGUUUUAAAUCGUAGAAAUUAAAACAACAUUUUCUGGCGUUAUCGUGCGAUAUCGAAAAGAUACGCGCGAGAGAUCUACAAGGCUCGAGCGGACGGAAGACUUGAGAACGUCGUCGAUCGAUUAUAGAUCUGAAUCCUCUGUAUAAAUUAACUGCUAUUAUGAAGAGCCGUAGUCAUUGUAAACACAACUUUCAAUUUCAAUAGAAAGGAGGAAGUCAGUCAAUACGGGUGUCUGCGGCUAUGGAUUCCAUCAAGCCUUUAGCCCCGAGCCGCAGGGUUUCCAAGUCCAAACACAGGAAACAAUAUUGGAAGAACAGAGAGAGGAGGGAAACAAUGGAACGAUUGAAAACAGAUAUGAUCGAGAUCGGUGAGGGGCAAAAACGCAUCAGAGAAGGGCAACGUGAAAUAAGACAAAAGUUUGAAGAGAUAGGAUCUGAAUGCCGCAGGCUCAAAGAGGAGACGAUCAACAUUGCCAAGCAGAGUGAUUACAACCAAGUCAGGAUCAACCUGAUGUUUAGCAUCUUGAAAGCCCGUGAGGACAACAACAUUGCCCAUGCUGAUCACCUUACUGGGCUCCUCCGCAAGGAAAUGGAAAAGCAGGAACAAGGAAAGCCAGGCCUGGUUGGCUGACUAAUGAUCAUGGAAAACAACGAGCAAUUAGCCUUUGCAGUCACUCCUGAUCGUCUUUUCUUAUUAAAAUGAAAUCAUCAGUCCUAAAUCUAGAUAUGUAUUGGCAUUAGUCUUCCUUUAAUAUCCUGCUUCCUUGGAUGGAGUUUCCGUUUGAUAAAGGAUUUGCGUUCUCUGUUCCGAGUUGAAUGUUUUGAGUUAUAGUACAUACUAUGUGAAUUGCCGGGCGAUGCCGCCGGUUGUUAUAUAAACGGUAGAAGCAUUCGGAUGGGUAUAACCUGAGGUAAUCGAAGAAGAAGAUAGGCAGACAGAAUUGAAGAAAAUGAAAAGAAUACCUAAAGCAUGGAGGUUAAACAAUGCAACCACAUGCUUCAUGUUAGAGAAACUUAAAGUCUUAACUAGCCUGUCUGGCUUUGCAUUA